AUGAGCGAAAACGCACCGCCGCAAGAGCUACCGAUCUUUACCUCUGCCGAUCGCAUUCGACAGCUGAAUGAUAUGGAUAAGGAUGUUACAAAACUCCUCCAUUCUGCCGGUCUCGCGAUCCAAGCGUUGACCAACGCCAAACCGGGCCCUUCUUCCGUUGCACCAGAUGGAUCACUCGACUCACACAAAACGCGGUUCAAAGAAGCAAGUGCGAAAUACUUCGCGCUUCUCUCCUCAGCCGACGUAUCCCUCCGCCGACAGGUCUACUCCCUAGAGGAAUCAUCUCUUGUAGGACCCGAGAGGCCGUCGCGCGCAGGAGAGACAAAACCUGGAGCCAGAAAUGAAGGAGUCGCAGGAGCGAAAUCGCGGGCUCCAAACUCACUGGAUAUCAGUCGGCUUAAUAGCCGGAAGGAUACAGUUGGAAAAGAUAAGGAAGCCGAAUUGUGGGCGGCUGCUCGUCAGUUUGUUGAGCAGAUGCAGAAGCCUUCCGAGACAAGCAAGGACUCCAGGCCAGCGAAUGGACCGGAGGACAUGCAGGUGGAUUGA